AUGAUCGAUGUUACAAAGGCUGCCCUGCAGGCUAUUCAAGGAGGUCGCCGACUCAAGACUGCUAAGGACUUCGUAGAAGAGGAAGCCGCCUCAUCGUCCGAUGGCAAUGAUACCCCGCGGGGCAAUGAUCUCUUCGCUGAGGAGGAUCCACACCAGGAGGCGCCGGACUCGGAUGAUGAGCUGAUGAACGAGGUGGAGCAGCCUACGGCUGAGAGGAACGCUCAUCCUCAUCACCGCCCUGCUCGUAUGAUGACGAUACAACCAGCCUUCUGCCCAGGGGCCAAUACCCCUCAAGGCGUCGAGGCUACAGAGUCUAACAACGGCAUUAACAAGAUACUACUGUGCUGGAAUGCUCAUGGUGUGGUGACACGGCAAAUGCUCACCCCAGCUGACGUGGAAGUCCCAGAGGAUGAGGUCCCGGAGAGCGCUCUCGAGGUUAUGUAUACAAUUCCUGGGGCCCCUCCUCAAGGGAAUCGAAUUAAAGAUUCGGUGUAUGGAUGGUCUAUGGCUAGUCUGAGCGAUAAAGGAGUCGUCUUUGGAGCCCCAUGCUUGGCUAUUACGCCGCCUGAUGAGGAUGCUUACGAUGAGGAUGAUUUCGUGACGGACGCCAAACAGGGCGGGGAGAGUUCGACUAACGUGGCCAGAGUUCAAUUCCGGCCGGCGGCAUCUUAUAGACCGGGGAUAUCGAAUUCGAGUCCUCGAGAAUGGAUAGCCACAGUCCCUUUGGGGGAACAGCUGAUAUGCGUCGGCAUUGGUCGUGACUUCGUUACGGGGAUGACUUUCUGCAAUAAGGCUGGAUCGAGGAUACGCAUAUGGUCGCUGAAUGCCGGUCUUCCGACUAACGUCAUCUCCAUUGGAUGCUCCUCUAGUCGACCUGUCAGCAUGGUCGCCUCGGCAGCGAGUGGCCUCAUGCUGUGGGCGGUAGCUGAUUAUGGUGGAGAUGCUACCAAGAUUAGAUAUACUCUGGCCCAAACCGCUCGUGGUGGCAGUCGAGUUGGCGUUCUAUCGGAGGGUCCAUUGCCAGUGUCUGGUGGCCAUCAUGACGCUGGUCAGGGGCCAACUCUCACUUGGAUAGGGAUGACUACCGAAUCCAUGCCCCUUUCAAUGGACUCCGUGGGGAUUAUACGUGCCCUACUGCCAACUGGGGUCUUCGCUUUUUGGUCAUCUACUGAUCUCAAAUGGGCGCCCGUGUACGACUGUGUAGCUGAGCUCCAACGGGAGAAUGAGGGUUUCUGGGCCGUCGGUGGUGCCGAUCAGGACUUAACCUUCAUAUCUGCCGUACUCGGUAUGAGGAUGCAUAUGAGCCCAGAGGGUUCUCCCUGCCUAGAGUGCUGCCAUCGGUUCUGUCAGGAUCGAGGGAUCAACUCAGGGGAGGAACCUAGCGAGAUAAAGAAAGCUACGGUCGCUUUGGAUAAGAAAUUAGUAAUGAAAUUCCGGGACUUGGUCCAGUCUAAACAACUGGAGGCUGCAUAUGACACCUCUAUCCUAGCCCUGCAAAUACCAGCUACUCCAAGGUUCAUGGCUAAGAUGGCUUUGAAGCUUGGGCAGCCACUGUUGGCGGCCCGUAUCGAGGAGGACAUGGCAUCAGUAGUCAUUCCUAGCAUGCCUACUGGCAACGUUGCACAGCCUGUGAUGGCUAAGCCUACGCCUGAGAGGCAGAAUCGCGCGAUUCCUCCUCCGAGUACAGCGCCACCUCGAUCCGCCUUCCAGGCAGUCGAGAAUAUACCAUCUCGGAGGUCGACUGGAGCUGAGAUGAUGGCCGAAACUAAGGCGCAGGAGGCAUCGAAGAACGCGCCGAUAAGAGGUAACCCAUUUGCCAACCGGAAGCGGCGGCAGAAUGAUGAUGUGGACCAUACUAAUGCAGCAAAGGUCCUCAGAGCCGACGGACAAUGA